ACGCGACAUGGUGUGAGAGAGUCAUAACGCAUUCUCUCGUGGUCUUCUCGAAUCUCUCCCUCUCACUCUAACCCUAGACUUCUAGAGAGAGAAAGUCCCUCGGCUUUCCACUUUUACCCCUACUCAUCCCUUCCAUUCCCGUCCCUGUCCCCAUCUACUUUCUUCCGCUGCUGAUUUAUCCAUCUAACUCCUCUCCAAGACUUAGGUUUGGUCAAGGCCUUGUACGGUCCCCAAUUUUCUUUUGUGUCUCUUUCUUUUAGGGAUUUUUUUGGUCUUAGGGUUUUCAUUUAGGGCUAGGAUUUCUCUGUGAUCGUUGCGUUUUGGGGGGUAUGGAGCCUCGGGUUGGUGGAAGGUUUCGACUUGGCCGGAAGAUCGGUAGCGGAUCGUUCGGAGAGAUCUACCUAGGUACUAAUAUUCAGACAAACGAGGAGGUUGCGAUUAAGCUUGAAAAUGUCAAGACGAAACAUCCACAAUUGAUGUAUGAAUCAAAGUUGUACAAAAUACUACAGGGAGGAACUGGAAUUCCAAAUGUGAGAUGGUUUGGCACUGAAGGAGACUACAAUGUUCUUGUGAUGGAUUUACUGGGACCUAGUCUUGAGGAUUUAUUCAACUUUUGCAGUAGAAAAUUGUCUCUGAAGACUGUUCUCAUGCUUGCAGAUCAAAUGAUCAAUCGAGUGGAGUUUGUCCAUUCCAAAUCAUUUCUACACCGUGAUAUCAAACCAGACAACUUCCUAAUGGGUUUGGGUCGGCGAGCAAAUCAGAUUUACGUCAUUGACUUUGGUCUCGCUAAGAAGUAUAGAGACACUUCAACUCAUCAGCAUAUUCCUUAUAGAGAAAAUAAGAAUUUGACAGGCACUGCAAGAUAUGCAAGCAUGAAUACUCACCUUGGCAUUGAACAAAGCCGCAGGGAUGAUUUAGAAUCACUUGGAUAUGUGCUUAUGUACUUUCUAAGAGGAAGCCUUCCUUGGCAGGGCUUGAAAGCGGGAACAAAAAAGCAAAAGUAUGAGAAGAUCAGUGAAAAGAAAGUGUCAACUUCUAUUGAGGCCUUAUGCCGUGGUUAUCCUACAGAGUUUGCAUCGUACUUCCAUUACUGUAGGUCUCUGCGGUUUGAUGAUAAACCAGAUUAUGCAUAUCUGAAGAGACUCUUUCGUGACCUUUUUAUUCGGGAAGGCUUUCAGUUUGAUUAUGUCUUUGAUUGGACCAUCUUGAAAUAUCAGCAGUCACAGAUUGCCACACCUCCUGCUCGUGCUCUUGGUGCUAGUGCUGGACCAAGCUCUGGCUUACCUCCAGCUGUUGCAAAUGCUGAAAGACAAUCUGGUGGUGAGGAAGGUAGACCUACAGGUUGGUCGUUGUCAGAUCCCUCUCGUAGGAGAAACUCUGGGCCAAUUGUAAAUUCUGGAAACUUGUCUAGACAAAAAAGUCCUGCUGCAAAUGAUCCAUCUCUAUCUAAAGACGCAAUGUUAUCAAGUUCUAAUUUCUUGCGGUCAAGUGGAUCAUCGAGGAGGGCUGCAGUCUCUAGCAGUCGCGAUGCAGUGAUCGUUGGCAGUGAGUCUGAUCUCUCUCGCCCUCAAACCUCAGAUUUGAGCCCUGGAACACUAGGUAAAAUUUCUAGUGGCCAAAGAAGUUCACCAGUUGUACCUUCAGAGAACAAUCGUACAUCUUCUGGAAGAAAUAUUUCAAACGUAAAGACCUUAGAGUCCACUCUCAGGGGCAUCGAGAGCCUGCACUUCAAUAAUGAUGAGAGAGUACAGUAUUAGUAGCAGCCUCUCCCAAUUUAUCGUCUGCUGUAAAUUUUAAAAAAAACCUAUACAUUUGUCACGCGCUUGGGGUGGAAUUUGGUUUAAGUGUAUUAUGUUUUGAGGAAAGCUGCAACAAUUCGGGGCCUGUCUCUCUCUAAGCAGUUUGCAAUAAAGACGAGAUACAGAAGUGGAAAUUGGAUGCCCGGAAAACCAACCCAGGUAAAAAAAGGCCUUUGUCAAUAGAGUUCGAGUUGGGUUGCCCUGGUUUCACCUUCUUUUAAUACCUUUGUUUAACUUCAUAUCUUAUCAUGCAUGUUUGUGGUUUUCAUCCAACAUUACAAUGUGUGGGUCAAAUGCAGAUAGACACUGUAAGUACACCAAAUGCUUUGAUUUUGUGAUGCAUAUUGUCUAUGAUAAUUGUAAUCCUUCCUCCUUAGUUUAUAAAAUAGUUAAAAGAACCUGAUUGUUCAAGCCUACAAGUUGAGGUGGGUACUACUUCUGUUGCCGUUAUAUUUUCAAGCACAAUGUUGACAUAUUCGAUUGCGUGAUAGAAAUACGUUCAGGAAUUUAUCGUAUAAGAUUGUUUGAUUA